CAGAACUAGGCCAAUAUAGCCCACGGCAGACUUUUUUUAGUACAAUUAAGUGACAAUAAAAUAUGUGUGCACUGUAAUAUAGAAAUAUGUUUAUCUUCAUUUGUUAGCAUGUUCUUUGUGUUUUAGCUGUUGGAGGUGUCCUGAGGGGAUCUGGCCACAUUAAAGUACAGAAUUACUCCAUGACUGUCAACACAACAAACCCAAUUUAUUAUUUGCUCUCAGUAGAGGAAGGCAAACAGGUUGUGUUUAAGAUUACUGAAAAGUAUCUCUUCCCAGCUGCAUCAAUCAUUUGUCAUGAUGGCACACAGACUACUGACCCUGUGGUAGGGAAUUUUAGUUCCCAUGUGGAGUUCCAUCCAGUGUUUUCAAGUGGACAAAAUCUGUUGGUAGUUAUACAGAAUGUUGAGGGGCCCCGGCAGUUCUUGAUGGCUAAUUUCACCUCUGCACCUGCUGGCACCAACAAACACUCCACUAGUGCUGAUGACACUUAUCAACUUCAGGCACCAGCCACCAACGCCUCUAUGAACGCCACCUGGCUCAUCCUCCCAAUACCUGACAGUGGAGGUAAGGAUAAUAUAAUACUAUCAGUGGUCUUCUUGUUUUAGAAUAAAUUGAUUUAAAUAAUAUUUCGUAUUUCAUAAU